GUAAGUAAUUAUUUAGGGGCAAGAAAGAAAGACAAAGUUGUCGACCGUGCAAUGCACACGGGGAGGGAUUUUAUUUAUCUCGAGCGACUCGUUUAGUCCAGCACCGGUCUGCUGGGACGUGACUGUAACGGAGCUCCAGUUUCCCCUCGUUUCCUUCCCUCUCUCCUAAAACUUCUCUCCGCUACUAUUUCGCUACUUUUUCCUUUUUGGAAACGGGGAAUGAUAAAAGCAGCCGAGCUCCAGGCGGAUGGACGGACGGGCUGAGGAGACUUAGUCCCCGGUAUACGUGUGUGUUUUUUCCCGUUGAGUUAAAGUUAAUAAUGCUGUUUUAGUUUUUCUUUCCGAGCACGUUUCGCCCCGAGAUGAAUGGCAGAAGUCGGGUGAGUCCACUUAUCUGUGCACAGACGGAUUUAUUCCUCUUGUCUACACUGGACCCACAUGAAGCGGUGAUAACUGUUAGCACUGCGUCCCGCGGAACCUCUCUCUCCGCUUUGUGUGUUUAAAAGAAAGAGAAGAAAAAAGGGAAAUUCAAACGGAGAGAGACACCCCCACACCGCACUGGAUAACCAAGAUAUCACACCGACUCCACUGAAGUGUAUUUCAGACAGAUUAACUCGGAGAGAAGAUGCAGAUGUGGAGCUGCAUGAGGGUCCACAAAGGAGGCCCUCCACGACCAUAGGUCACCCCGAAGUGUCCUGGAUGUAUUUGUCUUUUAUUUCCUGGCUGGAUUGACUUGAACUCUUUUAGUAAUUGCCUAAUAAUCCAAUGGAUUCUUCUUCACCGCAGCCUGCACGUGCCAGUGGAUUAUCCACAUGAAGGCAAACCAGAUGACUGCGAGGACUUAAGUCAUGUAACCACCCUGAAAUGUCUUAAAAAGUCUUAUUUAUCUGUCUUGUAUUUAUUGAGUGUAUAUAAGGGUUCUUUUUUUAAAAGGUUUGUGCUGGUUUCAAGGCCAGUUUUUAACCGGUUGAAAAGCUUCCAUUUGAUCUGUCGUAGUGAAGACUAGAUUUACUUGAACUGUGUUGUUCUGCUGUGUACCCACACUGUAUUUGAGCACAUUAAUCUGUAAUUUAAGGUGGGGGGGGUGGGAUUUGACUUUGCCCCAGCCAGGUAAAAACCACGAGAAGGCUUCAUCAUGGACAGGCCGAUAAGCAAGUUAUUGGAGAAGUUAAAGCUAACGGACUCGGGCAGUGUGAAAUUCAACAGCUCAAAGAAAAAGCAUGACUCUGCCAACAACGCCAACAACAGCAACGCCAACACUGGCAACUCCGGGGGCGGCGGCGGUCUUCCACUGGCUCCCAGCUCUGCAGCCUCACCCUCGAGACCCGGCCCGUUCUCGCUUGCCUCGUCGACCACAAGCGACGCAUGUGUUCCAGCCAGUGGGAGAGGAGGAGGAGGGGGAGGAGGAGGGAUGCCUCCCUCUCAGCUCCUCGCCCCAUCGCCGUCUUCCUCAUCCAUCCCUCAGGAUGGCGAGCAACCGCUCCACCCUUCCACCUUGGCUCCGCUGAGGCGUCGCUCCCCCCAGCAGCGAGCGUCCUGCUACCUGGGCGACGGCAUGGACUCCCACCUGAGGCGCGAGUCCGGCCUGGGCCCCGAGUGUGACCCUCUGGGGGCGUUCGGCUCCAAGGCGUCCCUCAAUCAGCGGCGCUACUCCCUGGAGCUCCAGCAGCUGGUGCGGCGACAGCAGCUCCUCUCCCAGCCGCCGCCUCUCUCCGCUCCCCCGCCGUACCCGGCCUCCGCGGGCUAUGGGUCGGCUCCCAGAGGCGGCCUGGCAGAGCCCGGCUACCUCUCUGAGCACGAGAGGCACAAGCGCCUCUCUCUCCAGGAGGCUCUGUUCUACAAACGCCUGAGCACAGGCAGUGAAAUGUGGGAGACCCCCAGGCCCGCGUCCCUCUCUCAUCCACCGCACCGCACAUCUGAUGGGAGCGGAGGAGGCUUCUUCUACCCCCCGGGACCUACCCUGAGCCCGUGCUCGUCGUUCAGCCUCCAGGAGUCGGUGCUGGUCAGCCCCAGGUCCAGCUUCGCCUCCAGCACGGCCAGCGGCGGCGGCGGAGGAAGCCCCAUGGGGAGCCGCUGCAGCAGCAACCGGACCAGUGGCAUCAGCCUGGGCUACGACUCUCGCUACUCAGCCUCCGGGGGCCUCCCCCCACAGCAGCAAUGCCCCUCCAUGCAGACAGGGGGCUCUAUGGCUGGUUAUGGCCCUCCAGGCAGGGCCGGGGUGACCCCUGUGGAGGCCUGGACUCAGUACUUGGAUGGAGGGAUGCGUCCGGGGGCCCACGAUAGCCGACACUCCUACCCGCCUGCUGUUGGAAGUCCAGGGGCCGCGUGCUACCAGGCCGGCCCGGAGUGGUGGGUGGAGCAGCAGGCCGGAGUGAGAGGCAAAGAGGGGGGUGUGAUGGGAGACAGGACCAGGUACUCGGACCUGCCUGGCACCCGCUACCAGGAAGAGCUCACCCGACUUCUCCUGAGAGAUGCUGCGCUGGCAGGCGGGGGGCUCCUGGAGGGGCUGAUGCUGAAGGAGCAGUCUCUGGCCCUCACGGCUCUCUCCAAACCCAGCACAAUAACAAUGGGGCCCUGCUCAGCCGGAGGGCCCGUCAAACCUCAGGAGGAUCCAGGAGUCGGAGGUGGGAGGGAGGCCGUGGAGAACCGCCAGGAGUUCUUUGGAGCCUGUGUGAAGUGUGGGAAAGGCGUGUACGGGGCGGAUAACGCCUGCCAGGCUCAGGACAGCCUCUAUCACACACGCUGCUUCACCUGUGUGUCCUGUGGACGCACUCUGAGAAACAAGGACUUCUACAAUGUCAACGGCUCUGUGUACUGUAAAGAGGAUUACAUGUUUUCAGGAUUCCAGGCUGCCGCUGAGAAGUGUAGUGUGUGUGGCCACCUCAUCCUCGAACAGAUCCUGCAGGCUCUGGGGAACUCGUACCAUCCGGGCUGUUUCCGCUGCGUGGUCUGCUCCAAGGCUCUGGACGGGGUCCCGUUCACCGUGGACCACCACAGCAACAUCUACUGCGUGACCGACUACAACAAGACUUUUGCCCCGAAGUGCGCCGCUUGUUUACAGCCCAUCUUACCGACCGAGGGCAGCGAAGAGAUCCUCAGGGUCGUGUCCAUGAACAAGGACUAUCACUUCGAGUGCUACCACUGCGAGGAGUGUGGUAAGCAGCUCUCUGAUAAGCCCGGCUCGCAGUGCUUCCCUCUGGACUCUCAUCUCCUCUGCCACUCCUGUCACAUGAGCAGAGCAUGCGACACACACAUUCCCCCUCACAACACACACUGAUGAUCAGCAGCUGUGGAGGUUUUCCUGUUUUUAUUUAAAGCUGGUCUUAACAUGCUGUCGUACGAUGAAACUGCUGAAACUCAAACAUUUCCACUGAUUCGCUUCAGUCCCCUGUUGUCACAUGUACUGCCUGCUGUACUUCUUGUACUAUUUACUGUACCAUAGUUUUAAGGGAACGGGAAAGAAACUACUGCUUUUUUUUUUUUUUUUACCCCAAUGUGGCUACUGUUUGCUGUAGAAGAACAAGGGAUUUUGCUAAACUGUUUUGUAAAUAUAUUAUCGCUAGCAAACAUUUUGCACUUAAAUUUGACUUUACUGUAAGAGUUGUUACAUGAAUCUGUACAAUUUGGGGAAAAACUUUACUGUAAUUUCUGUAUGUUGUAAUAAAUAUUCAUUUGUGUUCAGUAUAACAAACCUUUUCAAAUGCACACGUCCAUGGUUCAAGUGUUUUCCAAUAUAUUCGUAUAACACAAAAACAUCCAACCAGAGAAGCUGAUAACCAAUUUAAAUUUAUUCAUUUUUUUUUUAAAUUCUCAGUACAUUCAGCACUUGCAGGAAAGGGGGGAAAAAAAAGCAAUCUGUUUCCAACUAAAAGCAUAAAAUUGAAAAUAUUAAAAUUGUAACCAUUACUCUAUUAGAAGGUUAACGUAUUUGUACCUCUUAAAUAUAUAUAUGAUUGAGAGGUCAGAGGAGGGAUUUUCAAACCGAGACUUCAGUGCCAGGAAGGUCAGCUUCCUGUAAUUAUUACAGAAUAAACCACUUUUACAAGAAUCUUUAUAUCCUCGACUCCAAAAACAUCCACGAAAGACAAACUCGGGCAUGUGUCACCACAUCACGUCUCUUCCUAUCACACACACUUCUAGGUUACAGUGUUGAGACUACCAGUUGCAUCUUUGUGGGAGAGAGAGAGAGAGAUGAAGGUUAUUACUCACACAAACAUCACCUGCUGU